AAGUGAGGUCCCGAUGGUCGGGGUUGUUUAUCAGAUAAUCCGGAGCGGAAUGCAGAUGCUGCGAAUCAGUUAAGCUCAAGAUCAGAAUGCAGUUCCUUGGCCGUAUUUUGGACACCGUGAGCUCCGUAUCCAGCCUGUUCAGUAACCCGUACCGCGUGCGGGAAGUCCCUCUAUCGGAGUAUGGCAGCUGGGUGAGGCUGAAACAGGAGGGACAGAUGAUGCUGUACAGGAACUUAUCUAACCACUUGUGGGACUGUGUGCUCCUGUUACCUGACAGCCUGUCCAUGGGGCUGAGGUUGUUCCAAGUGGCAGCAGAGGCAGAUGCCAUGAACUGGUUUCCUCAGUAUGCCCUUAAACUCCGCCCAUUUUAUGAGACACUCCGCCCACCACUUAAACCAGAGACACUUCAGCCAAUCGCAGAUUGUCUGCGGAACCACCCGGACUGGAGCUCAGCCCACAUCUCUGUGGACACUGGUCUGCGGGAGUGCCUGAAGCACAAUUAUAUCUUGGGACAGAUAAACGCGCGGGACUUGCAGGGCCAGACGCCGCUGCACCUGGCUUGCGAGCACGGCGACGUCGGCUGCGUUCGCGAGCUGCUGGAGGAGUGCCAGGCUCGCACCGACAUCAAGGACAGGAAUGGGGAUACGCCCAUGCACUGCGCCGCAAAGCAGGACUCCGCCGCCGUCGUGGAGGUGCUGUGCUCUCAGCGGUGCAUGGGGAUCAACGAGCUCAACGUCGCCGGGGAAACGCCGCUGCAUGUGGCUUGCCGACUGGGAAAGGCGGAAUCGACCCUGGCGCUGAUCAGGGGCGGUGCCAGCUGCGACGUAGUCGGGGGGCGUGGCUACCCAAUCCACACAGCUAUGAAGUACAGCCAGAGGAGCUGUGCUGAGGCAAUUCUGGCUGCUAACCCAGGGCAGCUGCAAGCAGAGGACCUUGUGUAUGGGGGAACUCCUCUUCACUGGGUCAAGACUGAUGAGAUGGCCCGUCUUCUGCUGGACCGCGACUGCUACGUGAACUACCUGAGCAAGACCGGCGAGAGCCCAUUGCACAUCCUCACCAAGAGGGGGCGUUUCGAGGCUGCCAUGACGCUGCUGACCCACGGCGCCGAUCCCAACAUCAAGGGCGAGGGCGGCAACACAGCCCUGCACCUGGCCAUGAAGCUGGACCACAUGGGCCUGAUAAAAGUCCUGAUGGUGUUCGGAGCGGACGUGGAGGUCCACAACGAUCUGGGAGAGACCCCGGGGCUAAUCGCCGCACGCACCAGCAAGGGCCCCAACCGUAAAGUGCUGCUAAAGAUGCUCUGUAGUGUAGGGGUGGAGCGAUGUCACCCACCUUCCCCUGACAUCCUGCUAGCCAGCACUAGGAGAGCUCCAGCUCCUGUUCUAGGGUUCGACGACCUCAUCCAUGCUGCAACUGCCAUUUCCGCCAUUACCAGAGGUCUCGUGGAAGUGGACAGCCAUAAAACCGGAACCAUGAAAAGGGACAGGCUGCUGUGUCUGGACGGGGGAGGCAUUAAGGGACUGGUGUUGAUACAGGUGCUGAUUGCACUAGAGAAGGAGGCCGGUCGGCCCAUCAGGGAGCUGUUCGACUGGGUGGCCGGAACCAGCACCGGUGGCAUUCUGGCUCUGGCUAUAGUCCACGGUAAAUCGAUGGAGUACCUACGGUGUCUCUACUUCAGGAUGAAGGAGAAGGUGUUUAAAGGGUCACGACCUUACGAGUCUGCCCCUCUGGAAGAGUUCCUCAAGCAGGAGUUUGGAGAGGACACCAAGAUGACUGACAUCAAGCACCCCAAGGUGAUGGUAACUAGUGUUCUAGCAGACAGGCACCCAGGUGAGCUACAUCUCUUCCGGAACUACGACCCUCCCAGCCUGCCCCGAGACCCGCCGUAUGCUUCAACUGCCACCUUCAAACCCCUCACCAUACCACAGGGCUGGGAGGAUGAGGAUGUGUUGAUAGUGGGAUACACUCAGGAACCUCUCAAAAAGCAUAGGAAGGUGACAGAUGAAGAGCAGGCAGUGUGGCGGGCCGCCCGCUCCAGUGGCGCCGCCCCCACCUACUUCCGACCAAUGGGACGGUUCCUGGACGGAGGUCUGCUGGCCAAUAACCCUACCCUAGACGCCAUGACGGAGAUCCACCAGUAUAACAAAGCGCUGAAGGUUCAGGGGCGGGACGAUGAGGUAAACGGGCUGGGCAUGGUCGUGUCGUUGGGUACAGGGAAGCCGCCGCAGGUUGUGGUGAACUCGGUGGACGUGUUCCGACCCUCCAACCCCUUGGAGCUGGCCAAGAGCUUUGUGGGAGUCAAAGAGCUGGGCAAGAUGCUAGUGGACUGUUGCACUGACUCUGAUGGCUGUGCAGUAGACAGGGCCCGCGCCUGGUGUGAGAUGACCGAUAUAAUAUAUCACAGGCUGAGUCCUCAGCUCUCCACGGAGGUGUUGCUGGACGAGGUGAGCGACGCGGCUCUGGUGGACAUGCUGUGGGAGACGCAGAUGUACCUGUACGAGAACCGAGACACCCUGCAGCUCCUCUCCCAGCAACUGCUGCGGCCCUGACCCCCCCCCCCCCCCCCCUCCCCACACACACACACACACACGCACGCACACACACACAAAAGCAUGAGUAUGAUCAAUAAGAGGAAACCUGGAUCAUGAAUGAGUGACAGUGAAUGAGAGAGAAUAUUGAGUGAGGAAGGGUGUGUCUGUGUGUGAGAGAUAGGCAACUCUAGUGCUACUCUACUGCUACUGCUAGAUUACUGGAAGGAUUACUAAAGGCCUUGUUCUGACACACAGUCAAGCAUUCUGCCCAAGCAUUCAGGCCAGUGGAUGGGCUGGCUCAGGUGUGACAGGCACUUGUUUCAGCCAAUGCCUACGCAGCGGAAGCUUCUGGGGUGUGACUCAUCAUUUCACUCGUUUACUCAGUUGCACGCUGCCUGGUUGGACACACAAGGCCGUUCAUGAACAGGAACGCUUGUAUCGACACUGCUCACAGGAAACUGAUGGCAGUGGUGCAUCACAACUAUGAUACAAGUACGAUACAACACAUUGAUAAGAUGUGUUCUGUAUUAGCGAGAUGGGGUGCUGGGAGGAGAAUGCUAGGCACAGGUGUGUGUGUGUGUGUGUGUGUGAGAGGGAGAGAGCGAGAGGGAUAGAAGUGGGUCAGUAAAGCUCUUAAUGUAAAUACAAAAUGUUAUAAGAACAGGUUGUUGGCUUCAAAGCCUUAGCCAAGACCCUUUGGAACCCCUCUGUGUUGGUAGCAUUGAUUUACCAUGUGGUGGUGUGAGUUGCACUAAAGAUGGUGAUGGUGCUGAAGUCUAAUUCAAAGACUGAUUCUCCCAUGAGUUUUAAGUAGGCCAAAGGGCCAGAAUUGCUCGACAUAUCACCUGAAGUAUAAAGAUUUUGUUUGUUUUUCCGAGCACAGGUAAUCAAAAGUCUGAAAGCUGACAUUCUAUUGUAGUAGUCUGCUCUGAAAUGAUUAUUAAUAUUCUAACACUUGGACCACGUGACAAGCCAGUAAUGUGUAACAAGCAAAAGGUUAAAAGGUCACUUAUUUGACCUUUAAGUUUAUUGACCAGAAUAUUGGUAGCUGCAUCAAUUCUAGGCAUGUGCUGAAACACUACAGAACUAACCCCUCAUCGUCCAUUCCAGAGCUCAGAUGAAGAAGUGAGUGUUUUGGAUCUGCUUCAGAACAACAGCAGAUUCAGCUAGUCGUCAUGUAUGAAGGUAAACCCAAAUCUGACCUCAUUUGCUCCAAAUGGUCAGCAGUGUAAAGAAAAGCAGGCAUUAGGUCUCUGCUGGCUGUUGGUGCGCUCCAACAUAUUUACCUCUUUUUCUUCUGCCAUUCCUGACAUUGGUGGUUAUUUUGACAGUUUUGUUUUAAUAUGUGUGUGUGUGUGUGGCUUGAAAUGUUGCUGCUUUGUUGGAUUUUAUACUCUAAAUAAAUACUGAAACUUAUUUAUAUGAAAUCGCUUCAUUAAAGUGUGAUAAAUA